AUGGGCAGAAUGAAUCUGAAGCUUCUGUCCUUUCUGCAUCAUCAACGCUACUUGGGCCUGUCGGACUUGGACUUCUCCGAAUCGCAACAAAAUUACGGUCUUCAUGCUACCUGGAUUUCCAUAUCAACUCAAGUUUUAGUCACUGGCGUUUUUGUGUCAUCUUUGGUGGCAGCACUGGCCCAAUCCCUGUCCUACAUGGACACCAAAUCCCAGACAGGCGACACUUAUGACAACGCAGUGAUAGUGACCUGCUCGGUUAGUCAGCUGAUAGCCAAUUUAUGGUUUCGCUCGCAGCAAGGAUCGCAGGAGAGCCUGUUGAAGCGUAUUUCACAGUUGCAAAGGCGAUUGCAAUGCGAAACACUGGAAUUGACCAAACCCCGUUGGUUGUACCGCAUCUGGCUAGGGGUGUGCCUCCUGUACAUGACCAUGGUGGCCCAUUUCAGCAUCCAUUGGUUGACAAACAUGCAGCUGAGCCAGAUCGUAACCCUGCUGGGAUUUGUGGCACGUUGCAUUUUGGCCAACUUUCUGUUCACCUGCUAUGCCGGCAUGGUGUUAAGUCUGCAAAGGCUACUUCGUGCCCAGGUGGAGCAGCUGGAGCACCUGGUGUCCACCAACUCCAUCUCAAUGGCGGAUCUGGCCAGCUGUUUGAGGGCCCACGACGAGAUCCUGCUGCUUGGUCAAAGGGAACUCAUUGCCGUUUACGGGGGAGUCCUUCUCUUCCUCUUCAUGUACCAGGUCAUGCAGUGCGUAUUAAUAGUAUACGUCAGCAACUCCGAGGGGUUCCAGUCGGCCCGCGACCUAGUCCUCAUCCUCAUUUGGCUGACACCGAUGCUUUUCUAUCUCAUCCUACCUUUAAUCGUUAAUGACGUUCUCAAUCAGGCGAACAAAACGGCAAAAAUAUUGGCCAAAGUGCCUAGAACCGGAACUGGUUUGGAUAGAAUGAUUGAAAAGUUCUUACUGAAGAACCUGCGACAGCAACCAAUUCUAACAGCCUAUGGAUUUUUCGCCCUGGAUAAAAGCACCUUGUUUAAGCUAUUUACAGCCAUCUUUACCUACAUGGUUAUUUUGGUCCAGUUCAAGGAAAUGGAGAAUUCUACAAAGACUAUUAACAAGUUUUGA